GUCCCUCAGCCGCUCCGCCCGCCGCGGUGCACGCCGGGGCCCGUAGUCGUUCCGUAGUUCCGUGGUUCCGGGGCUGGGCGGUUGCCGGGCUGCGCGCCCCACGCCGGUACCGGGCGCUUCUCCCCUGCUGGGCCGGGCGCGGGGCGGCACUAGCUGGGCUGAGGGCUGCGGAGCCGGGCCUGCGGGGCUGGGUUCCUCGGGGCCGUCCCUCGGUCUCCUGGCGACGCCGAGCUGCGGCGGUUUGUUGCUGCGUGAAAAUGGAGGACUAUGAAACAUUCUGUAAGAAGCAUCUGUCCAGAAUCCAGGAGGCAACAAAAGGAGAAAACUCGCCCGCUGCGUUGGACAGAAAUGUCUCCCUCAUUCAAUUCCAUGGAGUUCCAGUGCUCUCCCCUCUGCUGAGCUUUGAAAAGAGAAAGGAAAUACAGCAGUAUCGACAGAAAGCACUGGAUCUGGAGACUUGGAGACAGAACUCCCACAAAAGAGCCUUACUGAAUCGUGUGCAGGAGAUUCUAGAAAACAUUCAGAACAGGAAAGUAUCUGGUAUGAGUGAUGUGAACACGUGGGAUGCUGAGAAUACCUGCCCCAGUUCAGACUCAAAAGCUUUAACUGAUCUCGCAGCUUUGUCAGAUGCCAACUUGUCAUGUUCUCCUGAAAGGCAUCGUCCUGUGCAGCUUGAAAAAAGCCAAGAGCUUUUGCCAUCAGACUCUAUGCAGCAAGUGAUGUCAAAUGCAACAGAAGUAGGUAAACCAGCAGAAGAAAAUGUUCCUUCAAAGGAAAGUGAGAGUCACUUCUCAAGAGAUGUACCUUGUCCAAGGGCUGCGUCUCCUGACAGUGUGCAGAGUAAACUUGUGUCCCCUGCUUUCCAAAAGCAAGAGGGACAAGGAGUGCCAUCAUCUGACAAGGAAGUCCAAGAUCCAUAUGCAGUGAGUCUUCAGAAUCUGAUGAAAAAGUCUAGGGAGUACAUAGAGAAAGAGCAAAGUAGGCGUAGCUCAAAAAGCAGUUCAAAGAAGAGUAUGAAUGAAAGCCAUUCAGAUAAAGAAAAUGAUGCAGUUAAAACAUCGGAUUCUGUGAAAGAGAGAGCGAAACUUACAGGCAGAAGUUCCACUGCUCUGCCACUUGAUAAACCCUGUCUUAAUAAAUCAAAUACUCAUAUACAGGGUGCCUCUACUCAUACAAGUAUGUCAACUUUAUCCAGUUUUUCUAAAGUGGAUAUACCUAUGAGAGUUGGAACACCCCCAUUGGUGGAUUCAGAUUCAGAUGAAGAAUUGAAGAAUACUCCCACCACUGACCGUGGCAGUAGCAUUGUCAGGAGCCUCACAGGGUCGUAUACCAAACUGCCGAGCCCAGAGCCAAGCAUGAGUCCAAAAAUGCACCGAAGGCGCCCAAGGCCUCUAUCAAUGGGACACAUAGUUAUAAACAACCCCGUGAAUGCUUACGAAUUAAGUCCCAAAGGCAAGGGUAGAGCAAUGGAUUUAAUUAUGCAAGAUAUUGCUGAUAAAAAUAAUGUGUCUGAGUCAGUGCCAAAGUUCAUGAUGGACUUCAGUAUGCUUUGCCCUAGCAGAGUUCCUGGUGUCAUCAGGAGUUCUUCAGGUCCUUCUGAUGGGUUGCUGGUUGGCAAACCAAACAGACAUUCCUUUGGGCACUCAGAAGGCAAAGGGACGUUGUCUGCUGCAGGGGAAGGACAGGUAGUGAUGGACAACAGAGGACUAUCUAAAGUAGAGACUGGUACUGUAGGUCCAAAGCUGAAUGAGCCGUUUUCCAUCAGUCAGUCUACAGUAACACAGAAACUCCUAGCUGUGAAUGAAACCAAAGCGUCGAGUUUGCAAGAAAAUACGAAAUCUCCUGUAGAACUCAAUAAAUCUUACGAUGUAGAAAGCCCAUCCCCACUGCUAAUGCAGAGCAAGAGUGUGCGCCAGCAGAUGGACACUCCAAGUGUUCCCCCAGCAAAUGAACAGUUUCUAGAAAACAGUUUCGAAAAGGUAAAACGUAGACUUGAUUUGGACACUGACAACUGCCAGAAAGAUAACAACCCCUGUGCUGUAACAGUUGGGAUGGAGGAACAAGAGAAGCAAUGGUUGCAGGAGCAGAAAUAUCCCGUGACAUCAGUUUACAUUACCAAGAGUGCAGCCCCUGAUUCAAGUAUGGCAAAAGGUAAAAGAUUUCCUGUGUUUGUUUUUUUAAAACUCCUCAGUUUAGAGAUCUAGAAAAAAGAUUAUUUC